CUAUUCUCGUCAAAAGUCGUUUGUUGUUACCCAGAGUACAAUCAAGACGACAGUAGUGGAUGUGUUUAGUGUGAGCAAUGCGCACCGCACUGACACAUGUCCGCCUCUCGUCUCCAGCCGACGCCGACCGCAGCGUAAGUUCGCUCCUUUCUGCACUUUGACAUCGAUAUGUUUUGGUAAGAAAGGAGAAGGUUUCGGGUAGCCUUGUGGCCAAGCGUUGGAUUCUUGUCACACAUUUUUUUUUUUUUUUUUUUUUUUAAUUUGCACCAACAUCACCGCGUUUUCUUGGAUCAUUUGUUUUUUUUCUUUUUGUUUAUUUGGAAACUGUGCCUUGAAGACCUCGAAGAAAAAGCAAAGCCAAACCGGGAACGGCGAAGACUUGUUGCGCGUCUCCGGAGAGCGCACUAGUCCAGUUUCCAUCCAAGUCGACAUUGUGAGAUACCUGCGGGUGGUGUGAUGCUUUGAUUUGAACUGGGGGGACGUUUCACUGAAGCCGAGAUGGACUGUGGAGGUCAUCCUAGCCUUAAAGCUUGAAGUCAAACAGCUUGGUGUUCAGUGACUGUAAAAAUCUGCUCAUAAUUAAAGAAAUUGGGUCGAUUAGUUUCCUCCAGUUAGAAAGAGACAUGAGCGUCUGACGCGUUUGGAGACCCAGUUCUUGCAUCCAUGCGCAGCCAAGACAAACUUUAUCUAGGUACGAUUCGACGAGUUGAAUAAUUUUUUUUUCUUCCCGUUUCUCAAAACCGAGUCCUCCUGCUUUUUGUCGACAUGUCUGAACGUGAUGGAUACGGAGACGGCGUGUGCAGCGAUGGCGCGCCGGACUGCAUCCCGCCUAGAGCGUCCCGCGGCCGGCGGAGCGGUGUCAUCCUUCCCGGUGGCGGUCAGGACACGGACACCAUCCUCCUGGAGACUGUGAAGGCAGCACCACGCCGGAGCAGCAUCAUUAAGGAUCCUUCGGUGCAGAAGGUGGGCGGAGGCAGGAAGAAGACAGUGUCCUUCAGCAGCAUGCCCUCUGAGAAGAAGGUGAGCAGUGCAGCAGACUGCUUGGCUUUCAUGCAGGGGGGUUGUGAACUGAAGAAGAUCCGGCCCAACUCCAGGGUUUACUGUCGUUUCUACACGCUGGAAUCUGACCUGAGCUGCUUACGCUGGGAGCCCUCCAAGAAGGAUGGAGAUCGGGCCCGGCUCGAUGUCUCCAGCAUCCGGGAGGUCCGCACUGGAAAGAGCACAGAAACAUUCCUCCACAAUGGACCUCUAUCUGAGCACCUGGCUGAAGAAGCAGCCUUCUCUAUCAUACAUGGGGAUGAAUACCAGUCGUUGGACUUGGUUGCACUGUCAGCAGAUGUGGCUAACAUCUGGGUAACGGGCCUUCGCUACUUAUUGGCCCACCCCUCAGUCAUUGGGGGCGCCGGUGGAGGUGGGGGAGGAGGAGGAGGGCUGUGUGAAGGAGGUGGUGUCUCAGUCGAAGGCAGCCUGGGAAGCAAAAUGAGAAGUGAGUGGCUAGCAGCGGAGUUCGCCCAGGUGGACGAGGACGGCUACGGCAUCGUGUCAGAGGAUGUGGCAGUCGCUACCAUCUGUAAACUGUGCCCUGGCAUCAAGGAAGCCAAGGUCCGUCUACGUUUCAAGGAGAUCCAGCGAAGCAAGGAGAAGCUGACCUCUCAUGUGACGCGGGAGGAGUUCCAGGAGGCCUACUGCGAGCUUUGUACCCGACCCGAUGUCUAUUUCCUACUGGUCCAACUGUCAAAGGACCGUGAGUGUCUGGACCCUCAGGACCUCCGCCUCUUCUUGGAGACUGAGCAGGGGUUAUCUCUGGCUACGACUGAAGGCUGCUGGGAGCUUCUGAGGCGUUAUGAGCCAUCAGCUCAGGGCAAGGAGAGGGGACUGCUGGGUCUGGAUGGGUUCGCCCGAUAUCUGCAGUCACCCGAGUGCCAGCUACUCGACCCAGAACACCUUGGGGUUUGUCAAGAUAUGACCAUGCCUCUGUCCCACUACUACAUCAGCACCUCAUACCGCUCCUACCUGCUGGAUGACCAGGUCCAUGGCCGAGCAGACCUAGGGGGGCUCAUCAAAGCCCUGCAGGCUGGCUGCCGAUGCUUAGAGCUGGGAGUGACUGAUGGCCCUGAGGGGGAGCCUCUCCUUGGAGUUGAUUAUGGUCCAGAUAUCCCUCGUCAUCAUCAUCACCAUCACCAUCAUCACCACCAUACGCCUGUCACUAUCCGUUCUGCUCUGGAGGUGGUGAAUAAAUAUGCUUUCCUGACUUCUCAGUUCCCACUCUUGGUGUAUUUGUGCCAACGAUGCAGUCCUGCACAGCAGCGUAUCAUGGCACAACACCUAAAAAAGGUAUUUGGCACCCGUCUUUACACUCCAGAUGCCCUACCGGUCAGUCUGGGAGGGCGGGCCACAACCCUUCCCUCUCCUGAGCAGCUGAAAGGACGCAUCCUCAUAGUAGGAAAGAAGCUCCCUGCAGAGUAUGAUGGCUCUGAUGGGGAAGUGUCUGAAGAGGAUGAGGAGAUUGGAGGGGGCGGGCCUCUUGCAGGACGGCGAAUGACCAUCCCUGGUGAGGAGGAACUGGGAGUGGUCUUGGUGGUGCCUCCACCCUCACAGCCCAGGAAGCUUCGCCUCCACAAAGACCUGUCAGACCUGAUGGCUGUUGUUCGGACAGGUAGUCGUAGUUUCUAUGCUCAGAGAGCCAGUAAUAAACAAGCUCAGCAGCAGUCACCACCCAGCAGUCCCUCCUCUCCCAGCACACCACUGCCUCCGGAGCCACCCUACUGGACACUGUGCUCCUUGGGUGAGGGAGAAGGUGGGCGGUUGACUAGUGAAAGCCCAGAGGACCUGGUUAUGUUCACCAAGCGCACCCUGACCAGGGUACGACCCAGCUCUGUGCGACUGGACUCCAGCAACCCCAACCCUCAAGGAUACUGGAAAGGAGGGGUGCAGCUUGUGGCCUUGAACCAGCAGACCCCUGGUGCCAUGUUGGACCUUCACAGAGGGCGUUUCUCUCAGAAUGGGGGGUGUGGUUACGUUCUUCGACCUGCCGUCAUGAGGGACGAGGUGUCAUAUUUCAGUGCCCACACACAGGGCUGUGUGCCAGGAGUGCCACCACAGACUCUACGUGUUAAGGUUAUCAGUGCCCAUAACCUACCCAAACCCCAGGGAUCAGGGGCCAAGGGAGAGGUCAUAGAUCCAUAUGUGGUCUUGGAGCUCCAUGGUGUACCAGCUGACUGCGCCGAACAGCGGACACGCACUGCUGCUCAAAACCAGGACGACCCGCUGUUUGAUGAGACCUUUGAGUUUCAAGUAAACAUGCCGGAGCUUGCCUUGCUGCGUUUCGUGGUAUUAGACGAUGACUACAUUGGAGACGAUUUUAUUGGCCAGUACACUGUGGCCUUUGAGUGCCUUCAGCCUGGUUACCGCAAUGUCCCCCUGCUGGGCCUGGCGGGAGACCCCUUACCUCACACAAGCCUGUUUGUCCAUGUGGCCAUCACCAACCGGCGAGGAGGCGGGAAGGCCCAGCGACGAGGUCUGUCAGUGAGGAGGGUGGGGAGGCGGGGGCGAGAGUACGUCACGCUGAGGCACACGGGCAUCAAGGUGGUGGAUGAGGCUUUCAAACCGGCCAGUGCUCCACUCAAGGAGGCCACAGACCUGCGGGAGGAUGCUCAGAGCACCACUGCUAGUUUCAAAGAACAAUGUGGGCUCCCCACGGUGGCCAAACUGAAGCAGUGCAUCCAGAGUCUGGCCACGCGGCUGCAAAGUUCAGAGGGCACUAUGGGGGCCUCUAUGGUGCUGAAGGACGGCUACCCAAGUCUGGAGGCCCUGGUAAACCUGGCAGAGCCGACACGCAAGCUCCUCACCGCCUACGACACGAUGAUAGCAGCACAGAAACAGCUGAUAGAGAACGCUGACGGUGUCCAGGAGAGGAUCGCCCAGGUCCAGAGAGAAGGCAUGGACUUCCAUGAGGAUCUCUCUCGGCUUGGGGAGAAGGAGGGACUAAAGGGACGCAAACUAAGCAAAGCCGUGGAGAGUUUCACCUGGAACAUCACUGUGCUCAAAGGUCAGUGUGACCUGCUGCGGGGGGCUAAGAUGGAUUCCCUGGAUGCUCUGAGGCAGCUGGCUCUGGCCUGUGAAGCCUGCGGACUCACCUCCUCCAACGCCUCGUCCUCUACCUUCUCCACAGCCGAGCUGCACUACUCCUCCCACCCGCUGUCUGGCCGUCGAAGCAGUACACACGGCAACGGGCGCAUCUGACACCCCCUUGGGUCCGGUGUGCUGCCAAAGAUGAAAAGGAAGUAGACAGAGUAAUUACCACGGAUAACAGAAGAUGUGUGAGCAAGAAAGGUGUAAAAAGCACCGGAGGAGACAGGGGAUUUUCCCUCUGGCAGAGUGUGACCUUUAAUCCAGUGUAAGCGUCUAGACUAGCCUAGACCAGAGCAGUAUAUCUGUUAAAGCCUUACGGUGAGUUAAUGAAUUUACUGUCACUGAAGGUUUAGCCUGUACAGAGGCUCUUUAUGAAUGUCAUAAUGGAAACGCAAAGCAUGAAAGAUGCUCCACGGGUAUUAAAACUUUUGACAGCUCCGGAGAAAAGUCUGACUUGUGCAUUGUAACUCAGUGGGUUUUCCUCAUUGGGAGAGGAGAUGGUAGACGCCUGAGUCAUCUGAGACAAUGAGGCUGUGCAUGUUCACGGUCCGGUUGCAGAAUGUGGGAUGUAGAGGUGACGGGAGAAAGUAUGCCUCAGCAUUUCAGUCUGUCUCAUGGGAAGGCAACGAGACUGUCAAUGGGUGUGUAUGUGUGAACACUGCUGAAAAUGUCAGAAAAGAAAAUACACAAUAAGGAAUUCUUUGUGAGUUACAAUAAUGAGGAGUCCGAGGAAUCAGACAGUUUGAUGCUAUCAGAUAAAUAAGUGGUACGUAGAUGAAACUGCAGUUCAUUAAAUUGAACUUUAGAAGAAGGCUAAUGUAAAACAGAACAAAGCCCAUGUAAAAAAUGUAAAAAGUUUAAAAAAAAAGUUUUAAUUCAUUUUAUAGUGGCUUGAUGUGACUAAAAUGACUUAAGACAGAUGUCACAUAAUCAUCUCUAGCGUAAAUGGCUGACAGUUUGAUCGUAUACCCCGCAAGCCUUGUUGGUCUUUGUCUCCUGGUUAAAAACUAGCGUCUAUUUCAGUGUCUUUAAAAGCUACAAAAGAGACUGAACACUGAAAUUAAAACUUGUCUUACAAAAGAUGGUAAGUCACACUAACCAAAACAUUUUUUUUUCUAAUUGACUGCCUCACUUGUCUAAGCUUCAAGACUUAUUUUCAGGAUUUUUAGACAUUUAGCUUGAAAUUUACACUUGAUACAUGCUAAACAGAAACUCUUUAAAUAAUACAUUUUGAAGAUGAACUUUAAAAAUCUCACCUCGGAGUGCUCACACAUAGACACUUUUGUUCUUCACCCAUCUUUCUAUAUUUAUAGUCAUGUAUUUUGUCAAUUAACCAGCAGAAACAUGCACAUAUGGGUCCUUGUUAUCUCCACCUGAUGGCCUUUGAGUCUGUCGUGUUAACCUGAAGAGGGGGCAGCUGAAACAUGAGGAAUGAUGUGUAAAGGAAAAGAUACAGUAAUUGGAGAAGUUGUGGAUGUGUAGGGAUACUAGCAGUACUACAUGUUUGCUGUAGUACAUGUGGAUCACAUAACCCGCUCACUAUACCAACAUGUGGGGUAAUGAAUGCUCAGAGUGUGUACAUGUGUUUGUGUGUACAGAUUCCUGCAGUGUUAACCUUUGAUGAAGUACACUCUAUUGAUGUAGCAAUAAUAGUGUUAAGAUGUAAGAGAGUUAGUGAGGCUGUGUAACAGUACCGGCUGAAGGACUGAAAACAAUAUAACUAGCUGUAUAACUCAGUGAUGCUUAUAAAUGUGUAUGAAAACUACAAAAAUGGUGUUCAGAAGGUGCUACUGAUCAUAGCUCAUUGUUGUGUUUGCUUGUCAGUGAUGGUGUUUCUCUAGGCCUUUGAGUGUUGAGUGUAUUUCCUGCAGGAAAACACCUGAUAUCCGCUUUUGUAUUUGUACUCUUGUAUCUUGCAAUGCUACGUUCGAACCAAACUUGACAAAAGUGACACACAGAACUAAGCUAACUCGAUUAGAAAUACCUCCUUAAAUAUUGAGAUACGAACAAAGUUGUAUUUCUAGUGUUGUACCAGUGAUUUUCAUGCUUUUCACUAAAACGAGGGAUAAAUGUUUCAGAAGCACAUGGAUACUAUCCAUCUGAAACAUUGUAAAAGUUUGGAGAUUCAACAUGAUAACAAUAUUUAAUUAAAAACAAUAGUAAAAUACACUGUGGGAAUCAUUUGAACCAAAUUAUUUCAGCUUAAAUCUGCUGUAGCCAACAAGUGAAAAUGUUUGAGAAAGAAACUUCAGGAGACCUUUGUAUAGAAGACAGUCUGAAUGUUUUUUCUGCCCUCUGAAUGAGGUAGAAGUAUCAGUGAGAGCUGGGGGUCACAGCUAAACUUCGUAGCUGCUCAUCGACCGAUCAACUCAGCCGGUGGCAUUUUGAAAGUGACAGGGCUGAGCUCCACAAAGACACAAUGGGAAACCCUGAAACAUGGGAAUAGCACUGAGAUUUACCAACUUGUGUAGCCCCUUUGAAGUGCAGAACUACUGUCUGUGCUGAAUUCCGUACAUCCCACAUUUCUGUACCCUGCUUUGCCGCCAUUCAUUGAUCUGCACAUUCCUUUGGUUUUAUAAUGCUUUUAUCUUCUGUCAUACCUCUUCUUUCACCAUCAUCUUCUUCUUCCUGCUGCUGCCUUUCUGGAGGCUCCAGGUGGGAUGUGACAGAGCUGAUAUAGUGUGAAUCAUAGAUAGCCACAGGAGAAGGUUGACCUAAUAACAUUUCCAUGUGAGUGUUUUUUUUUUUUUUUUGUGUGUGUAUCUGUCUGAGAAAUGGCAAACAGUUUUAAAAGUAAGAAGUGAAAGAAAGAAAGAAAGAAGAAAGACUGAUUUUAUAUUAAGUUUUAGUUAUAUGUGUGGUUGGGUGGGCACACCUGCGGGGCUUUAUAAUUGGCUGUGUGCAAUAGACAGAGUGGCAACACCUGCUGCUGUGGUCUAUUAAUAACACUGAGACUCAGUGGAGGCCUUGGGGUGUGUGUAUAUGCCUGCAUGCCUAUGUCUGUCAUGAUACCACCGUGCCCUAUUUCCUGGCCUAAUGAUGCAGACUGUUUCUUCUCAUCCUGGCUCACACACCCGUAAUUACAAAAAGAGCGAUCGCCAAAUAGUUUGCCACGUUUUUUCUUAUUAAGCAGUGAAGCAACGACACCAGCUUUGUGAAAGAUCUCCACUGCCACGGCGAGGCAGACUUAACUCUCUUAAACUACACCCUCAGUGGGACCACAGGAGGCAUCCUCCCUUAGAGAUCUGUUUACCUGCAGGGUGGAUAUCUCACCAUUAAUGAUGCAUCAGCUUCAGUAAAACUAACCACAGUAUUAGCUUUCUGUGUUCCGGUUUGCAUGCCUGCUGACGAGGGGAAUGCAACUGGGUCAAAGAGCAAACAGGCAGUGGGAUUUACUUUACCCGAGAACAUGUGGAGAAGAUGGAGGUCAUGGGGUUCGCCUUCGCAGGUGAACAUAGAGGGGCAAGUGGAUCAGGCUUCAGUAAUUAGGGUCUGUUGGUUUAGUUAAACCUCAUUCGCAGAAUAAUUCAUUCGGUCCGUACUGUACUUACAAAGCAGAUGGUAGACAGUAAUGACCAUUCUCCUGCGUAAAAUAAAGGAAGCAUGCCACAACACAGAAAUGGCAGCUUGUUACCACGGUAAAGUCUGACCUUUACAGUAUGUCAGGACAACACCUGAGCCUCUAAUUGGUAGCUGGAUGAUC